AUUACAGAUGCCAUACAUUUUAGUACGUGGUAAUCUUGCAUCGUAUGGUCAUAGAUACCCAUGGAGAGUUUUAGUAUCAGGUCUUAAAGCAUCAGAUAUAGAACAACUGAGUCGUUUUGCUUCUGGGGGAUAUUGUGAUGAUUCGACAAUAGUGUAUUUGCAACAUCCUUGUGUAAUAUUAACUGCUUUAGAAGUUCUUGGUUACAAAGUCGUAGCAUCUUCAAGUACAAGUGUUAAACAAGAUUAUAACGAGUACAUGUGGACUAUGAGAAAAGAUUUUUCUGAACCUGAACCUGAACCUGUUAUUAAGACAGGUAAAUUAUCGCGACGCUAAUUAAGCGUACCUAUCACAAACAUGGAGCACAGUCAUAACUGUAACGAUCAUAAUACAUGCUGCAAUAUAAGUAAUAAUAUCGGAGUUAGUCAGUCUCUUAUGGAAAUGGAAUUUGAA